AUGGCACCUCAGGGAGAUGCCGACUAUUGCAGAGACCAGGCCCGCAGGCAACUGUUGGCCCUUCUUGAAGGCGCUCGGGGAAAGAAGAACCUCGUCAUCAGUCAGGAGCUGGCAGGUCCAGUCGGCCUGUUCGUCAAAUUCUCUGAGCUUCAGCAGUAUGGUGUAGAUCGGAUCUUCCUGUUGGAAAAUGCAAACAUCGAUUCGUCGCAGCGCAAUGUUGUCUUCUUGGUUCGUGGUGAGAAGGCUCACCACAUCCGGACCGUCGCAGAACAGAUCAAACGCCUACAGAACAAUGGCAAUGUCCAGCAUGAGUUCUCCAUUCUCCUCACCCCUCGACGCACCCUCGUAAGCAAUGCCGUCCUGGAAGACGCGGGGAUCAUCGGAGAUGUCACAAUCGCCGAGUUCCCACUUCACUUCUUGCCGCUGGAACAGGAUAUCUUAUCACUAGAAUUAGACGAUGCCUUCGGCGACUUGUAUCUGAAUAAAGACCCCGGCUGCAUUUUCCAUGCCGCCAAGGCACUAAUGGGAAUCCAACAGAGACACGGGUACUUCCCGCGUAUCGUAGGCAAAGGCGAUAAUGCGCGUCGUCUAGCAGACCUUCUGCUGCGGAUGCGGAAGGAAGUGGAUGCUGGAGAGAGCUCUGGCCUGGCUGAUACCUCUAUGCGAGGUCUUCUUCCAAGCGCUGAUACGGAGAAUCUGAUCAUCAUCGACCGUGAAGUCGAUUUUGGAACGCCACUACUAACUCAACUCACCUAUGAGGGCCUGGUAGAUGAAUUUGUGGGCAUCAAAAACAACCAAGCCGAAGUGGACACUAGUAUCGUCGGCCAGGCUUCAGGGCCACAAGCUCAGGAAUCAUCCAAGACACCUCAGCAGGCCAAGCAAGGAUUGAAGAGAAAGAUCCAACUCGAUGCGUCAGAUCAGUUAUUCAAUCAAUUGCGAGACGCCAAUUUUGUUAUUGUCGGCGACCUUCUGCACAGGGUGGCCCGCCGCCUGGAAACUGAGUAUGAGACACGCCACUCGGCCAAGUCUACAAACGAACUCCGCGAGUUCGUUAACAAGUUACCGACUUACCAAAUAGAACACCAAAGCCUUCGGGUUCAUACUAAUCUUGCCGAGGAAAUUAUGAGGUUGACUCGCUCCGAGACCUUCCGGAAGAUGCUGGAGAUCCAACAGAACAGCGCAGCAGGCAUUGACCCCACGAAUCAGCAUGAUAGCAUUGAAGAGCUUAUUGCACGAGACGUGCCUUUGAAAAAUAUACUCCGAUUGCUGUGUCUGGAGUCGUGCAUGAACGGUGGACUGCGUCCCCGCGAUCUGGAGAACUUCAAGAGACAGGUUCUGCAAGGUUACGGUCAUCAACAUCUCCUCACUUUCUGGGCACUAGAGAAGAUGGAACUCUUGCAACCCCGGUCCUCGGCUACUGCCAUGCUCCUCCCAACAUCUGGUGCACAGGCAGGCACCAAGACGAACUACGGAUAUCUUCGAAAGAAUCUACGAUUGGUGAUUGAAGACGUCAGCGAGAAAGACCCCAAUGACGUUUCCUACGUGUACAGUGGAUUUGCUCCCCUCAGCGUACGGCUGGUCCAAUGCGUUCUGCAAAAACCCUACAUGCUGUCCCUCAUCAAGAGCGGUACACCGGUUGCAACAGUAAACAACGCCAGUGCGGCGUCACCCGGCUGGCUCGGGUUCGAGGACGUGGUCAAGAGUGCUCGCGGUGCCACUUUUAGUAUCGUUCAAAAGGGCGAUGACAAAGCUGUUCGAGCCCGGCAGACGAUCAGUGGAAACAACAGCCCGAAGAAUGUCUAUGUAUUCUUCUUAGGUGGUAUAACCUUCGCCGAGAUUGCUGCGCUACGGUUUAUCGCAGCCCAGGAGGCUCCGCGUCGGAGAAUUAUUAUUUGUACCACGGGUGUUAUUAGCGGUGACCGUAUGAUGGACGCUGCCAUUGAAAAAGGUAGUUUCGCCAAAGCGGAAUAA